AUGUCUUAUUCCCAAGCAUCAAGGAGCCAAUAUGAGGCAUCUCAACACGCCAACUCAUUCAUCGAUUCAGACCUUCCACAAUCAGAUGAAUCCUUAGACGCACUAGGCAGUCAGAGCAUAGCACAAUCGACUCCUGUCUCAGACACUCCCCCUCCCCCUCAAUAUCCUCGUGCCCCCGACUUACUACAGCGCGUCGGCAAACUCUUUCAACCAUCUUAUAUUCUCUACAACUGCGACAAAACCGAUCCAAUGAUGGAGACAUCUCGGAUACAGUUUUUGAAAUGGUGGCUAAUGACUGAGUUUGGCAGCAAGAAAGAACUGCAGAAAUCUAUUAGAUGGGAUACUAUACAGAAAAAGUCUGAUGUUUGGAGCUCAUUUGAUCAGGUUGCAAAUGCGCGGACUGGCGAGCCUAAGGUUAUGUGCAACCGCUGUCAAAGUGUGGUUGUUCACCCAAGGUUCAAUCGUUCUGGUCCCUCUCCCAUGAAGAACCAUCUUAAUAGUGCGUACUGCACUCAGUCGCGGAAGACUACAAAGCAAGCCGCAUCAAUCAACAAGCACGGAAUUCAGCCAGACAACCCUCCAGAAGAAGAUCCUCAAGUUUAUCACGACCACCCGUCUCCCAUUCCGCACUGUUGA